GUCAACCACCGAUCCACCGAGGCAGAGGAGCAGGUUUCGCCGGAGACCCAGAGAGGGCGGGAGGGAGCCAGAACAGGCGACCGAGAUGGUGUUGUCGAUGGUGUUGGCCGUUUUCCUGCUCUGUUCGACGUCGCUCGCUCUUGAUCCCGACUUUGUUCGACAGAUUGAGAGCAGGACGGAGCUGGAAUGGCAGACCCUGUGGAGCGAGGAGAGGCUGGCGCUGUGCCGGGCCAAGCUGAGGCAGAACCUGGACGCCAUCUGUGGGAAGGACGUGUUCCGGAGGUCGUCUACCGAGGGGCGUCGGCGCGAUAAGCGAGACGGAAGGCAGCCACUUCCGGCGGAGUCUGAUGAGGCACCUCGUGUCAACCCAUCCACACCUGACACCGGCCAGACCCUCGACAAGCGAAGGUCGCCCUUCCUAAGCGUCCAGCAGGCCAAUCUUUUCGUGACAACGUGGGUUCACGACCAAGGGGGACGGCGCAGGGGCAGAUCCCACUUCAGGCGCCGUCGCCAGUCGCCCUCCAUCACCACCGAGUGCUGCACCGUCGCCGGCUGCACCUGGGAGGAGUACGCGGAAUACUGCCCGUCGUCUAAUCGGGCGCGGCUCUUAUAAGGGCGUCGGAUCCUGUCCUGGGUUCGACCUACUGACGUAUUUUAUUGUUUUAUCUUUUGUUGAUUUUUUAAAUUUGUUUUUGUUUGCACUAUUGUAAUUAUUGACCGUAUGUUCAU